AUACAGUACGGUCGGCACGGACACGGACACUACGGUCCCUACUCGUGCUUGUGAGCGGCUUUGAGAUCAGAGAACCCGUUUUGUUAAUUGUCGGUUUUGUGACUUCAUCUGGUGUAAGGUGUAAGUGCUUUGUGGCUCUGGUGGCGUAGCUUGGCGUAGCAACUAGUGAAGUGACGGGCCCGAAAACAACGUGGCUGUCGACAUGUCACUGACUGGCCGCUUGGCAGCAGUCACCGGAGGUGCAAGUGGUAUUGGGAAAGCCGUCUGCUUUGCACUAGCAAAAGAAGGCGCUGUCGUGGUUGUAGGUGAUAUUAAUUUCUGCGGAGCACAGGAAACCGCUGCUGCGCUCCCAGGUGUGGACCACCCCCACCUGGCAUUCAUGGUGGAUGUUCGAAGCGGGGAGAGCAUUGAGACAUUCUUUGCGGCUAUCAUGAAAACAUGCAAGCUGCCCCUGAGUAUUGCAAUUAGUUGUGCAGGUAUCCUCAAACCAGCCCCCUUAGUAGACAUGUCUGAGGAAUUCUUCGAUGAAAUUAUGAACAUCAACUUCAAGGGCACGUUCCUCUUCUGUCGUGGUGCUGUGCGAGCCAUGCAGGCAGCGCAGGUGCCCAAUGGUGUUUUGGUGACUGUGGCAAGCAACUGGGCACACAGUGGGUCACCCCGUUACAGUGCAUAUGCAGCCUCAAAGGCAGCCACAGUAGCCUUUACCAAGUCGUUAGCACUUGAGCUGGCAGCAGAUGGCAUGCGCUGCAACUGUGUGUUACCCAGCUACACGGACACGCCCAUGACAGCAUCCAACAGUCCCCAGGAAAAAGCACGUGAUGCAGCUAAGUCCGCAUUGGGCCGUGCUGCACGUCCUGAUGAAGUGGCUGAUGUGGUUGUCUUCUUAUGUGGACCCCGUAGUUCCUAUGUUAAUGGAAGUGCAGUUGACAUCAAUGGUGGAGCUGUUGUUUGACGAUUUGACCACUGAUAUGUAACUAUUUGCCUUGG